GCAGGCCCCUCCCUGUUGCUUUCUAGAGUCAGGGAUUGGAUUCUGCGUCCCUGGAGGCUGCUAAGGGUGACAGAUGAACCCCAUGAGCGUGGGGAGGCCCUGGGGGCCGGGAUGGGUGUUGCAGCGCCUGGUGGAGGCGGGACCCUGGUGGGACCCUGGUGGGCUCUGGCGGGCUCUGGCGGGCAGGGCCUGAGGUGACGGAGAGCCGCGGGACUGGGCCGGGAAGGGGAGACUCCUGCGGGGCUUUCCACGACUGCUUUGUCAGAAGACGGUGCACUGCCAGAAGGCCUGGUGUGCCCUCCAGCUAUGCACACAGAGUGCUCCAUGCAUUUCCAAGAGAAGAGGAAUAAAUCUUUGGAGUUGGUGUCAUUUGAGGAUGUGGCUGUGGACUUCACCUGGGAGGAGUGGCAGGACCUGGACAGUGCUCAGAGGACUUUGUACAGGGAUGUAAUGCUGGAGACCUAUAGCAGCCUAGUGUCAUUGGGACACUGCAUUUCCAAACCUGAGGUGAUCUUUCAGCUGGAGCAAGGAGCAGAGCUGUGGUCAGUAGAAGAGCUCUCAAACCAGAGCCUCCUAGGUCGGUCAGUGUACACUGGGCAGGGAAGCCAGGAAAAGCGGAGCCCAACAGAUGCUGGCAAUGUUCAGCUGUUUUCACCAGUUUUUCCCUCAGAUGUCCAGACAGUCAAUGAGCUAAUUGAGAGGAGCUGA